UCAGCACCCAUUUAUGUCAUACCUGUUGAACGGCAGUGAAACGGAUAUACGUAAACAGGCCGUGGAUGGUAUCAAGUUGGCCAGAGCUGUUUAACUUAUUCGAGUUUUCGCAUUGCAUUUAUACCGUCCUGUUAGAAAGUAACAUGCGCCUCGAAGGAAUGCCAUAUAUGCCUGUCCAGAUGCCGAGCAACGAGAACUCCCAGAAAACCACGGAGAGGCUCCGUAUGAGGCCGUGGCUCGAACAACAACUCACAUCCGAGACGAUUCCGGGACUGAAAUGGUUCGACAAAGAAAAGGGAUUGUUCAAAAUACCAUGGAAACACGCCGCACGCCAUGGCUGGGAUAAAGAUAGGGACGCAUGCUUGUUUAUGCAUUGGGCGAUACAUACUGGCAAGUACAGCCUCUCGAAGGGGGACAAACCAAGACCGAAGACUUGGAAAGCCAACUUUCGGUGUGCCCUGAAUUCUCUACCGGACAUUCAAGAAGAACCAAGCAAAAGUAUAAGGAAGGGAAACAAUGCCUUCAAAGUUUACAGGUUGCUGCCGAAAAAAAACGCUGAAAGAAGGAGAAAAGGAAUCGGCGCUCAAUCAAAACCGCCAAGGAAGACAACCAGGACAAACGAACGAGCAAGCAAUCAUUUGAGGAAUAUUAAAACGAAGACGGCCACGAUUAAUCAUUGUCUGAGGCCUAGGACGCGAUCGAUGUCGCAAUUACAAGAAGGAGAUCACCAAGAACAGAGCGCACUUUCAAUCAAAGAAGAACCGCACGAUCACAAUAGCUACGCCAAAAAUAUAAAAACAGAAUCAACUGCUUUAACAAAUGGGUGGACAAUUCCGCAUGAAAGAAAUGUCUAUACCUCCAUGUCACAAUCCACUAUUUACCCGUCCGCCAUUUUGUCACCUGACAUAAAAUUAGAAAAAGCGCCAUCGUAUCAGCCAGACAGUGAUAUAGAGUACAGCAUGCACAUAGACGAUGAUACCAGCAGUAAUACAAGUAGUGUACCAACAGAUGAGGAAGUCGUAAAUAUGGUGGAUGAAAUGCGACAAAGUGGUCCUGACUCACCCGUUAGUUUCCAUAGCGAUGAUAUUCUAUCAGAUCUGAAAUCAGUAGAAAAUGCAACGUCAUGGAUUCAAAGCACGGUGGGAGGAAAAUGUUAUUUACAGAAUGAAGAGAAUAAUAAUAUGCAGAUAAAUUCAUCUUUUCAAGUUGCAGUAUCAGUGAGUAAUGUCCCCUCAACAACAGCAAUGGAUUUGAUGCAGCUCAAUAACUAUCAGAAUCAAAACGAUUUGUUGUCUGCAGAUUACCCUAAAUUGGAGGAAAUUCCUCGACCAACAUUCAUACAUGUACCAGGAGACAUGGAUGUGAUAUCUAACAUUGCAGUGACAUCAUCAGCUUGUCUCAACAUUAACUACCAUUCAAUUGUGUCGCCGUCGAUAUGAAACAUUUGUAAUCAUGAGCCAGUUUUUAGGUUUGCUUCCUGAGACUGAAAUCUCGCUAAAACGAAUGAACCAAAAUGGGAACACGUUACUGGUGUUUUGUGCAUUCAGGAAAGCACUUUGCUGCUGUAAUUGAAUACAUUAUAUGGAGAUGCCUAUAUAUGGACAUAGUAUGACUAAAUAAAGCAGGUGAAUGGAGAGAUAAUGAUGAACAAGUGAAACAAAGAGAUGGGACGGUUAUAUUGUAAUAUUUUGAAAUAUAAUAUUUGUAAGUUAUAGUGAUAUUAUUAAUUAACACUACAUGUUUUUUUUUAUCUUGAUCCAAAGGAAACGCG